CUAAAAGCACAGUUUAUCAAAUCAAACUGAUUAUUUUCAAGUGUAAUUCGAAAUUCAAAUCUAUCAUUUUUUUCCGUAUGAGAGAUGGGAAAUCUGUCGGAGAAUUUCGAUAUCCAGGAUCUGAUAUCUUAUGGAGACGAUUUGAUCAACUUGUUGAAUGUUAAGAAUGGGUUUGACGUUGUAUCGCAAAGUUUCGAGAACUUUAAAGAUCUCCAUUUCGCUUGCGACGAGGAUUUCAAUCAGAUACAGGGAUCUAUCGAAGAUUGUAAGAAGAAACUCGAUGCUUGCAAGAAGAGAACGGAGGAAGCUUACUCUGAUGUUUCGGCUGGAGAUGACAUUGAGCGUCUUCAGAAAGAGCUUGACGAAGAGAUGGAACUAGAACGCAAGCUAAAGGACGAGCUUAGAGUCGUCGCUGAUGAACUCAAAGACCUGAAUGCACAAUGGACAUCGAUUGAUGAACAGAGGCAAUCUACAAAGAGAAAAGUGCGUGACGACUUGAGAGCUGAGAAAAAGCUCUCAAUGUAUGCUUCUGUCACGAAAAUUAUACCAGACAUUGAUGAUCCAUCAAAGCUCUCAGGCUAUAUGGUAGACCGCGAGAAAAGGGUAAUUGAGAAGUUCGAAUUCGAGACAGAUAAGAUGACGGCCUAUGAGACAUGUAACAGUAUCUGGAGCAUUAUAAACAAGCAAUAGACAGACUCGGCUACAUUUGAUUUGUUUGAUAUGUCUGUCUGAUCAGUCUUGGUUUUAGCUUAGAAGCCAUAACCUCUUUAUUCAGCUACGGUUCCUUAGGUGUAAAACCUUCCUGCUUACUUUACUUUCGCCUUUUGUAAUCUUAUUAAGAAUCUUCUUCUCCUGUAAUAUCAUCAUCAUCAUCUAUGGAUUUUUUUUUCUUGCAAGUUUUAGUUCUAUCCUAUCUGUGCAGUGAACAUGUAAAAUCCAACAUCUUCAGCUCUUGUUGCAGCUGCUACUGUCAUUUUCUUAAUCAAUCUUUAUGGGCACAUUGAUGCAAGUUCGGAUAUAGUUGGUACAAAUUCAAAGGAACAUAUAUUUUCGGUUCACAGCGUUUUAGUUUCUAUACAUUUCGUAGCUUCUUUCUCAGGAAUUGUCAAAUCUUGUAGAAAAAAAGGUAGGAGUCAGAUAGUAACUGCUCAAGUAAAUCAAUUGGAUAUUUGACAUAUAUAUUCUGACUUAACAUGUUAUUUAGCUUGGGAUUAACUUUCAAUAAUAUGCCUUUGAUGGUGAUCUCCUCGUAAUUGUAUCUCUGUUUCAGAUUUGUUCUUCACAUCUUCGGAAUCUCAAAGGAAACUAAGGCACAGAUGAAUCUUGCAACCUCGUGGUCAUAACAAAACAGUGUAUGGAAGAAGCCUCUGGUCAAAGUGCCAAACUCCAUGGCUUUUGCCGGCCAUCUUGAGUUGGGUGAUGUACUCUGAGAUCUUCUUGAUGGCUUCGAUCUAGAAGAAGAUCCGCUGGAUCAGUCAGAGGAUUUCAAGGCUCACCUGCUCUUCAAGCUACUCGCUCUUCCACGUGUCGAUAUUAGAUUCGGCCACUUGUACGGGUGUGUGGUGGCCUCAUGCUCUAUCCAAUGGCACGUGGACGGACAGUGUGAACACGUAAAUAUUCCGUCCACGUCACUGGUUCAAUCAGCACACUAUAAGCAAACUGUCUGCUUCUUCAAUUCUCUUGGCCUAAAGGUGGCAAUUUAAAUUGUUUGGUGAAAAAAAAAAGUUUUGAUUGAAAAUUGUUUGGUUCCGCGAUCCACAUCUGUUUUGCGCAUUGCUACGUGUCAAAAAACUAUUGGAUGUUACAAUGCUGUAAAAGAAACGAAAUGAAAUGAAUCGGUGAUAGAAAAACUCCCCCCGAUCACGGCGAGAGAGAGAGAUACGAUCCGUGAGCGAGAAAAUGGAUCAGAUCUUGAACAAAGUGGGAUCGUACUGGUUAGGUAAGAAGGCGAACAAGCAGCUCGAUUCCGUCGGUGACGAUAUUAACUCUCUGUCUACUAGCAUCGAAGGAGGAACAAAAUGGUUAGUGAACAAAAUCAAAGGGAAAAUGCAGAAGCCAUUGCCCGAGCUACUAAAGGAGUUUGGUUUGCCUGUUGGGAUCUUUCCACGGGAUGCAACCAACUACGAGUUCAAUGAGCAGACGAGGAAACUAACCGUCUUUAUCCCAUCAAUCUGCGAAGUUGGCUACAAAGAUUCAUCAGUCUUGAGAUUCACCACAACAGUCACCGGGUUUCUCGAGAAAGGAAAGCUAGCAGAUGUUGAAGGGAUGAAGACAAAAGUCAUGAUCUGGGUUAAAGUCACAAGUAUCUCAGCAGACUCAUCCAAGAUCCAUUUCACGGCAGGGGUGAAGAAAAGCAGAAGCCGUGAUGCUUAUGAGGUUUUGAGAGAUGGCGUUGAGAUUGAUAAAUUCUAGCUCUGUUUUGCUGGUAAUUCCCAAUUCUUUUAUUCUCUCUCUCUCUCCUAAGUCCUACCUCUGUCUUCUCAAGUUUCAAACUUUCAAAGCUCUAUAUUUCUUUUUUAAAUCGGGUUUUUGUAGAUACAGAGUAUCAAUUAACUUUGGAGUUCUUGGAUUUGAUGAAUUGUAUUGGUUUUACCAUGAAAGAGAAAAAAAUAUAUACUCAAAUAUUGAAUACUGGUAGAGAUUGCUGACCAAAUGCAACAUUUCACUUUUGCAAUGGAUAGUCCAUUAACAU